UUUUUGCGUUUAAAACAAAUUCAAGCAAGAAGUAGAAGCAAAGAAGCUUAACAAAAGUGGCAGACAUAAAAAGUGAAAAUUAGCCGCUAAAAAGUGGAGUGAAACAGCGUUGAUUCUCGUUGAUCGCGCGAACAGGAAAUAAACGGGCCACACCAGAGCAGCGCUUAACAUAUAUAAACUUGCCGUUUACGCUGAGAUCGAUUCAGAUUCAGAUACAGAUAUUUUGAGGCGCAGAUACUGAGACUGGGAGAUUGAGCUGCGAAGUAUAAACGAGCUUUGUCGCCGUCGUCACCUCCAACAAAAACCAAAAAACACUAAAUAAAACGAAAAUGAAAGCUGGCCGCGCAUUUGGUUGCCUCUUCUGGGCGUUACUCUAUUGUGUGCUAUAUUUGGAUUUGACCAACGCCAGCGAGGAUGAGCUUCUCGACUUUGACUUUGCCGAUGCCAAAGACAUGGACACCGCUGCAGCCAUUGACGAUUGGCAGCUGGAGGAUGAACAUCAGGCACAGCAGACCGAAAAGAAACUUGAGGAUAAUAUGCUAGACUUUAGUGUGGAUCUUGAUGAACCAGAACCGGAAAAGCAACUGCCUCCAUUCGACUGGCGUGAGAAAGUUUUGCGAACUGCUUUGGCCAAAGCUUUGACGGAUCGCGUGCUGCGUCAGAAGUUUGCUGAAGUGAUGCCCAUACUGCGUGUGCUCUCCUCGCAGCAGCGUUUGGCACUCUCAGCGCUUAUCUCGGCGCAAAUGAAUGCUAAACAGGGACAUGAACUCAGACUAGAGCAGGUGCGCAUGAUGUUUGGCGAUGACAAGAAACUGUUGCUGCCCAUUGUCUUUGAUCUGGCCAAUUUGGUGAAGAGUUCGGCACGCAAGUACAUACAACUGGGGAGCGAUUUGGCAGCUGCUGCUUUGCGACACACGCCGCUGCAGAAGCGGAAGGAUGUGCUGACUGUGGAGGAGACGCAGCAGGAUGACAGCGUGGGCACCAUUGAUGUGGGUGCCAAACACGAUCAGGAUGAUGUUGAUUCGAUAGAGGACUUCUUUGAUGAAAUGCAAUCGGAGAUGCUCGAUCCACAGUUAAUCAACGAGGCUCUGCAGGCCACGCCUGCCACACCUCCGCAAAAUGCAGACAAUAAUGCCACCAACUCGAGCUCUAAGCGUGUGCGUCGUGCAGCCAACGAAUUUGUGCACAAGCUAACACGUUCGGUGCCCAUUUCGGUGUCGGAACAGCAGUUGAUGGGCGGUGCUGCGGGUCGCACCAUCAAGCUGAACACAACCGCCUUUCAGCAGCCGCCCAUUGGACAACCCGCCAGCAGCCAGCCCACCACCGCUUCGGAAACAGUGACCAGCACAACGUUGAGCUACGAGGAGGUUGAGGAUCUUGCUUUUGCUGGACUGAAUGGCACUGAAGUGCCGUUAAUUGCGGCCGAUGAGCGCAACUAUCAGUUGAACAAUGGCAGCAACAGCAGCGUAGAGGAGCCGCUGCCUAGCCCUGAGGAGUUGAUUGCCGGACCACGUUAUCGCUUGAACAGCAACAAGCGACACAGCCAGAAGACGAUGCCGCCGAUUAAGCGCAAGCGAGUGCCCAGCUCGGUGCACAGUCGCGGCAGACCGAAGACGUCGGCUAGUUCGCAUAAUCCCGUUGUGGUGUCGCACAAGAAGUGCGAGAGAUUCACGAACAACAUGUGCAUACGUGCCGAUGAUUAUCCGCUCGAACAGAUCAUGGGCAGCAUUCGACGACACAAGAAUGCCAUGAGCGCCCUGCUAGCCGAAUUCUACGAUAAGCCGAAUAAUAAUCUAGAGUUUGGCGACGAAUUCGAUGAUUAUCUGGUCAACAAGAAGCGGCGUGAGGAUGAGGGAAGCGCAGGUGGCAUGUGCCAGAGUGUUGUGCGCUAUGCUCGACCACAGAAGGCAAAGGCAGCGUCUGGCGAAUGGAAAUACAUUGUGAACACAGGGCAACACACGCAAACAUUGCGUCUAGAGAAAUGCAGCAACCCUGGUGAAAGCUGCUCGUACCUCGCUCAAUCGUAUCGCUCACACUGCUCCCAGGUCUACAACUACCAUCGCCUGCUCAGUUGGGACAAAGUACGUGGACUGCAUGUGGAUAUAUUCAAGGUGCCCACAUGCUGCUCCUGUCAGGUGGAUGGCUAUCGCCAGCAAUUCCCACCGCUUGCCUCCAUACAAUCCAAAGACUAUACGCCGAGUAGCAACUAUAAGCUAGACAAUGGAAACAACAAUGGUUACAGCACCAUCAACGAAGAGGACCUGGACUACAACGACGAGAGCGAUGAGGAUGAGCUGGGCUCGAGUUAUUCGCCUUACGGAAAUCGGGACAACAAUGAGUUGAGCUAUUUAGGCAGCAAGAAGGUGCGUUCCAAGGUGCCAGCGCCAUCCAGUGUUGGUCCCUAUCUCAGUCCACCCGAUGAUGAGGAUCAAUAUGGAAGCUAUAAGAGUCACAAGAGCAGCAGCAGUUCGAGCGUUUAUGGUACGAGUUCCAGUUCGAAAAAGUAUUACAACCAGCUGAGCCGCCGGCGGCCGCAGCACAAUGAGCCGCGAGUGGAUGUCGAUUUGGAUCUGUCGCCGAGCGAGACACAGGCCGAACAAGAGGUAAACGUAUUUGGCCCACCGCUGGCUGGGGAACAGCAGCGCGUGCCCCUCAAGCGCAAGCGUAUUUAUACCUCAAACACUCAUACAGCAGCCGCAUCAACUGGAGCAGCAGCAGCAGUAUCAGGAGGAGCUCCACCAUCAUCAACUAGACUACGCAUUCCAAUUUCCCAGCAACCACAGAGCACAGCAGCUACCAGCAGUCUACCAGCCCGAACAGGAACAGCCGCAAUUGCCACACUCGGCGUCAGUAUCAGUGCUGCCCCCCAUGCCCACCAAACAGCAGAAGCAGCAGCGUCAGGAGCAUCCGUUGCUCCAUCCGGCACAGCUGCGACAUCUAACGUUGCCUUCGGUGCGGGUCAACAGCGCUACUACACAAGCAGCAAGUCGAGACCACGAUACUAUGCGCCCGUCACGACGACGACCGAUACCGCUCCCGCUCCCUCAGCGUUCCCAGCCAGCUCAGCGACGCCACUACCGACCACAUUCUAUCAGCAGAAGCAGCAGCAGCAGCAGCAACAGCAACAGCAACAUCAGCAAUCGACGGCAUUACCACAGCCACCACAUGUGAACUCGAUCUAUGGCGAGAAUGGGAUUGGGAAUGGGAAUGGGAACGGUACUCGGCGCAUCAAUUACAGCUAUCAUCCUAUCAUUGAUUUCUUCGAGAAGAACCGACGCGCCGAGGCAGCAGCAACAGCAGCAGUGCAACCAACACAGGCAACACACGAACAUGACUACGAGGUGGAGGAAUCACGCCGGAUCGAGCAACGUUAUCCGCCAGCUGCGGUGGGCAUGGGUGGCAUCUAUCAGCAUGCGAUACCCACUCCGCACGAGCGUAGAAUAGGCUUCGGAGCGGGUGUGGGAGCGGGAGCUGGUGGUGCUGCUGCAGCGGGUGGUGUUGGCGGUGCUGGAAACUAUGGCUUUGCCAAUGACAAUGCAUGGCAACCGCUGGUUGUGGACCACUAACCAAUUAAGUCGCAUGUAACCAAGUCCAAAAUACAAUCCUCCUUCCUAUACAAACAAUAACAUGCCGCCAAACACAUCUCGUAUUAACCAGCGUCAAGUGUCGUUUUUCGUUGUGGUCUCUACUGAUGCCUUAGUUUUUACACUAUUUAUAGUUAUUGCCGAUCCUGUUUUGCCGAGAACUAAACACCUAAAAUUUUCUAGUUAUUGCAACUGAAUGACGUAAAAUUGCUAAUCGCAUCUAACUUAAUGUUUAACUGCAUCUAAUUAAUUACCUAUUUAUUUAUUUAUUUAAUUAUUUAUUUACUUGUAGUGCGUAGCAAAGUGACACAACCUAUUUGGGGUUGUGUAAUGGACAGUUAUCGCUAGAGUUUUAGUAAUAAUACAAAAAUAAAUUAUUAAAAUACAAAUACGUGGUUUUAUUGCAACGAGGAAACUCUUUAAUAGAUGGGCUGUAAGCAAUUAAACUACUUUAUUACUUUGAAAUAAAA